UCUUCUCGUUUCUACCGGUUUUACCCUCGACUUUUCACUUACGAUUCCCUUCUCUGUCCUCCAUUUCGAACUUUAUUCGACGCAUAAAGGAUUAGCACCCCUUGGUUUUGCGUUUUCUUCUUGCAUUUUGCUCUUUCCAAGUCACGCUUCGGUUCAGUCCACAGCAAGCUCGCUUAGUUCAGUUCAGUUAAAAAUCAGCUCUUCUUUUUUAACUUUCUUUUCCUGGUUUUGUGAUUCUCUUGAAAACGAAGUGAGAAUAUUUUGGUAUAAGAGCUGCAUUUUAUUGGAUUUGGUGGAUUGAUCGAGGAAUAAUUUGACAAAUGGAUCUGUUUGUUUGGUGUCCCCGGAAAAUUUUUGCUUAGCUGAGAAAUUAACCGUCGGGAUUCUUUUCAUUUUUAAAAUUAGUUUUUUGCCUCUAACGUUUAAAUCCGCGAAAUUCGGGAGGUUUUGGAGAACUACACAAGGCAUUAAAUGCAAGGUUAGUGCUGGCGUAACUGCGCUUUUUAAUUGUGGAGUUUAUGGUUUUUUUGUUGCAGAACUGGAGAACGACAGAGAUGCAGAUUCAGACCAAAAUUACAGCAAGUGAAGGUUGAACGUUCAAACGACGGCGUUCUCGAGGAAGAAACCAUAGGCAAACGCUUUCUGCAAAGCCAGUGGCUUAUCUGACCUACAUUACUAAAACUGAGUUUCGCUAACCGUCUCUUGAAAACGACAAUGAAUUACCAGAUACUGUGGCAGUGAAGGACUAGGCGGGCCACAAUAUUUCUGGCAAGUGUAACGACCUUGCUUUUUAACAUAUAUACUGCCUCGCUUUGUUGGAAAGCGAGAUGACUGUGAUUAUUUGACUCCUUGAGUUUCAUUUUCCCCUCGGUGAAUUUGUGCAUUAUGGGAUUCUUCUGAUUACUUGGUGGUAGGGUUGAGAACAAAAGUGGUGUUGUGUGUGUGUGAAUAAUGGGUGCUAUCAAUGGGGAAGAGCUCAGGAAGUUGGAGAAGAUGCAAGUGGCAAAUACGCGGGAAGAGAAGAUUCUGGUUUUAGUGAGGUUGAGGCCAUUGAGUGAGAAAGAGAUCACAGCCAAUGAAGUGGCAGACUGGGAAUGCAUCAAUGAUACUACCAUCUUAUAUCGGAACACACUGCGGGAAGGAUCAUUGUUUCCAUCCACCUAUUCAUUCGACAGAGUAUUUCGUGGUGAUUGCUCCACAAAGCAAGUGUACGAGGAAGGAGCAAAGGCAAUUGCUCUUUCAGUUGUCAGUGGUAUCAACUCUAGUAUUUUUGCAUAUGGGCAAACAAGCAGUGGAAAGACAUACACCAUGACUGGAAUAGCUGAAUACACUGUGGCAGAUAUAUUUGACUAUAUACACCGGCACGAAGAAAGAGCUUUUGUUUUGAAGUUUUCAGCUAUCGAGAUCUAUAAUGAAGCUAUUAGAGAUUUACUUACCUCAGAUGAUGCACAACUGAGGCUGCGAGAUGAUCCAGAGAAAGGAACUAUUGUUGAAAAGAUCACAGAGGAAACUCUCAGGGACUGGAGCCACUUAAAAGAGCUCCUUUCCAUUUGUGAAGCACAAAGACGGAUAGGGGAGACCUCUUUAAAUGAAAGAAGCUCUAGGUCUCAUCAAAUUAUUAAAUUGACAAUUGAAAGUUCUGCUCGCGAGUUCUUGGGUAAAGAAAAUUCAACCACCCUAGUAGCCAGUGUGAAUUUCAUUGAUCUGGCGGGAAGUGAGCGUGCAUCACAGGCCUUAUCAGCUGGAACAAGACUGAAAGAAGGCUGCCACAUAAACCGCAGCUUACUGACGCUAGGAACUGUUAUUCGUAAGCUUAGUAAGGGAAGAAAUGGGCACAUUAAUUACAGAGAUUCUAAGUUGACACGGAUACUGCAGCCUUGCUUGGGUGGCAAUGCUAGAACUGCUAUUGUUUGCACUUUGAGCCCUGCUAGAAGCCAUGUUGAGCAAACCAGGAACACUCUUUUGUUUGCUUGUUGUGCAAAAGAAGUUACUACAAAAGCACAGGUUAAUGUAGUAAUGUCUGAUAAGGCUUUGGUUAAGCAUUUGCAAAGAGAGUUGGCUAGACUGGAAAGUGAGCUGAGAAGUCCUACUCCUGCUUCGUCGACUUGUGACUAUCCAGCAUUACUAAGAAAGAAAGAUAUUCAGAUACAAAAGAUGGAGAAGGAGAUAAGAGAAUUGAGCAAGCAAAGGGAUCUUGCUCAAUCACGGGUGGAGGAUUUGCUAAAAAUGGUUGGUUAUGAUCAAAAUUCGAAAGAGUGGUCUGGUGUCAGCCAGCAUCCUAAUAAAAAGGGGGGUACUUGGGAAGAUGAAUGUUUAUCAGAAAUCUCAGCCAUGGAGGAUUCUCAUCAUCUCAGCAUGGGUGGGAAGAACUUAAAAAGAAAUUAUUAUGAUACAGAGAGUGGAAGUAAUUGUGAGGAUUCCUACUACAAGCUUCAGGAGAACCAUGAAGACUAUAUGUCUGAUGGCACCUCAUCACCUCUGUCAAUUGGAAAUAAGCUUCUAAAAUCUGAUUUUGUCCCAAAUCUGAAGGAGGAUACAAUGAAAACUUCAGAAGAUCCUGAUGAAUAUUGCAAGGAAGUUCAAUGCAUUGAGAUGGAAGAGUCAAGAAGGGACAAUAAUGUUGAAUCUCGUCUCCUUUCAAAUGGUCAAGGUGAAGGAAUGUUGGCUUUGACACCAUCUGGGGAUGUUGAUGGAGCUGUAGGACAGGAAACAAUGUCAAGGCCCAUUAACAGAGAGAGAGAAGUGAGUCAAAAUGGGUUUACAUUUGGUGCAUUAGAGCAGAGCCUCCACCAUGUACAAAAGACUAUUGACUCUCUGAUGAGUCCUUACCCUGAUAAAUCAUCUCCCCAGGAAUUAGGCCCUGACCUGUCAAGUUCUAGAAGUUUAAAGUUAACCAGAAGCAUUAGUUGCAGAGCAAAUCUCAUGACUGGCUCAGGGACCCCUCCAAAUGGUUCUGAGAAAAACUUUCCUGGAAGACCUGAAAGUGUCCGAAGGAAGUUGUCUCCAUUUACAUAUGCUGUUGACGUUGGCAAGCUGUCAAGAAAUAAUUCUCGGUCUUCUCUUGAGAGUGCAUCCACAGACAUCAAAACUUCUGCAGAUGAGGAUAUUACUAGCAUCCAUACUUUUGUUGCAGGGCUAAAGGAAAUGGCCAAACAUCAUGGGCAGGUAGAGAUACUCAUAUUUUAAGGCUCAGGAGCAGGACAAAGAGCAAACGGGUCCAAAAAGAGUGUAAAAGAUGUAGGCUUGGAUGCAAUGACUGAGGCAUUUGAAUCUCCUGCAAAUUGGCCACAGGAUUUUGAGAGGCAACAGCAAGCAAUACUUGAACUUUGGCAAACAUGCAACGUUUCUUUGGUGCACAGAACCUAUUUCUUUUUGCUCUUUAAAGGUGAUCCAACAGAUUCCAUAUAUAUGGAGGUAGAGGUAAGAAGACUUUCCUACCUAAAAGAAAACUUCUCUCGUGGAAAUCAGGCUGUCGAACAUGGUAGAACUCUCACAUUGUCUUCAAGCUUGAGGGCGCUUCACCGUGAAAGACUGAUGCUAAGUAAGCUUUUGCGCAAAAGGUUUUCGGAAGGAGAAAGAAGGAAACUUUAUGAGAAGUGGGGUAUUGGUUUAGAUUCAAAGCGCAGGAGACUACAACUGAUGAAUCUUAUAUGGAGCAGCACAAAGGACAUGAAUCACGUAAUAGAGAGUGCUGCCAUUGUUGCUAAGCUGAUCAAGUUUUUGGAGCAAGGAGAGACUCUUAAGGAGAUGUUUGGGCUUAGCUUCACCCCGCCAUGUACAAGGCGGAGAUCCUUCGGUUGGAAAAAUAGCAUGGCAUCUCUUUUCUAAGCUUUGCUCAUGCUCAUAACACACGCAAAACACAUGCGGCAAGGAUUCUAUUUGUUGAUUAUAUAGGCAAAUAGCAUUCUUUUCAUGCUAGAAAUCGUGGCAGAUUUUCUAGUAAUCAUUCUGUUUGUUGCGUAAAUCUUUUAGCCUGGUGCCUAGGAGCUGAAGUUAAUCUGAUGUUUUUGCUAUUUAGUUCAUUAGAUGACCUACGGAUAUCUGUUUCUUGGAUUGUGUAUUGAUUGAUUUAGGCAACCAAAAUCACAUGUAACGGGUUUUGGUAACAUGGCUUUCUGAUACAUCGUUUGUAUAACUCGGGUGAGAAAUGAAAAUGCUAAAUUUUAAUAAUGUUGAA